CAGAAACAAAAUUUGCCAUUGUUUAACAAGCUUAUAUAUAUGGAUCUCAAGCAUGGCAAGCAAGCUGAGCUUAUAGAGGAGCAGCUUAAAACACUUGGAGCUGUUAGUACAGUGUUAUAUUUAUUGACCAUUUGAUUGUGACAAAAAUCUCUCUAUUACAAUAGAAUACAUUUUUUAGGGUAAAAAAAUCAUGUUAGAAAAUAAAAAGAGUAUUAGUGUCUGUUAAAUGGUUCCGAACUGUUAUGUUGAUACGCUUGCAAUGAUAUUUUCAUGAGAGUAGCAUUAUUAUUAGUGGAAACGUUCUCCAUUUCAUUAAGAGGUAUUCAAAUUUUAUGAAUACAAUUUUCUACUCUCAGAUAAAUAAUAAACUUAGGUUUUUUAAAUUUUUCUUAAGUAGGCUUAAAGUCAUUGGUAAUUUAGAGGUUAAAAGAGAAUGAAGAAAAUAUAUUUUGAUAUAAUUUUCUAUUUUUUUACUGUUACUUUUUCAGAAAGUUGAAAAAUUUUUAAGUAGUGAAGUCAACUAUGUGAUAUCCUUAUCUGCACCUUCAAAACACAGUGAUAAAUUUAAUACUUUGGAGGAAAACCCUCAAAGUCCAUCCUUCUGCAGCCUGACAAGUCCCUUUAACUGUGGCCCAUCUCCAACUGGUCAAGCAGAUGUAAAGAGAACAGUGGUAAAAGUUUCUAACAAUUUUUAG